UGUUAUCCAUUGUCUUCAUUGUGAGUUGUUGUCCAUUGUUUUCAUUGUAAAUUGUUAUCCAUUGUAUUCAUUGUAAAUUGUUAAUAUACAUCGACCUCAUUGUUAGUUGUUUUCCAUUCUCUCAUUGUGAAUUAUAAUACAUUGUCUUAUGAAAAGCAAUAUUUUUUCUAGUUGUUUCAGGUUCUAGUUGUCUUGAUAUUAAGAAUAAAAGUGCUGGAUACCGAGACGGAAAAUAUUUGAUUGAUCCAGAUGGAGAUGGCCAAGACAUGCCCUUCGAAGUGAAUUGUGAUAUGACGUCAUUUGGUGGUGGAUGGACAAUGUGUUAUACAACAGACAGUCAUGUCAAUAUAAAGACUGAACUCACCACUACUCCUGAACUGGGAUAUCGAGCAGACUGUAACAACAUUCCGUUCACUGAGGUGAUGUUUGUCGAUGAAGAAUCUAAACAAAAGGCAGCUUUUUCCAAAGAUGAUGGUUCACCUAUCACAUUUGCUGGUAAUUACAAUAAGCCAAAUGCAGAAUCAUAUGGCUUAUGGACAGCAAAUGAAGAUGGUGUGGCAACGACGGAAUACAAAUAUCAGAUGCUUAUCUGUGACACAUCCUUCUUUAAGGGCCUCCAUUUCUCAGGAUACACGAAGAACUGCUUUAAAGAAUGCGGUCACUGGUGUGGUGACAUGUCGUCUGCAUAUUUUCGUACAUCGGCUGUCUCACACCCAGGCUACAAAGGCGUCGCUUUCAACGAGAAUGGUCAUAGGCCAAGACCAAAUCGCCUGAUAAGUGUAGGAAUGCGUUAAGAUGUAACCUAACUUGGAUGAGGUCAUACCAUGAUAUAUGAACAAACUGCACACAUCAAGAACUGUAAACUUUGAUUUUAGCAAAUGCUUAUAUCACUGUCUUCA